UUUUCUACCUCAUAUCUAACAAGAGUUUAGAUAAAAGUUGCCGAAAUCAGCUAUGGAGAUCAGUUUUAAGGGUAAACGUGCUCUUGUAACAGGAGCUGGCAAAGGAAUUGGACGAGAUAUUGCCAAAGCUCUGGUGAGAUGUGGAGCCGAAACUGUGGCUGUUUCCCGUACUCAAGAGGAUCUAGACAGUCUCAAGAAAGAGGUUCCAAGUAUACAAACAGUCCAGGCUGACCUGAGAGACUGGGAUGGGUCUAGGAAGAUCCUGGAGGCUGUUGGAUGUGUGGAUCUCCUUGUCAACAAUGCAGGAGUAUCUAGAACUGCACCCUUCUUUGAGGUCACCAAGGAUGAUUGUGACUUUGUGUAUGACGUCAACAUCAAGUCGGUCAUCAAUGUAUCACAGGUGUUUGCCAAAGGAAUGGUAGAUAGUGGCCACGGAGGUGCAAUCGUGAAUGUGUCAAGUGUGGCGUCCCAGGUGGCGCUGAACGAGCACACAGUGUACUGCUCAUCUAAAGGUGCUGUUGACAUGCUCACCAAGGUCAUGGCUAUGGAACUGGGACCAAAAAAAGAUCCGCGUGAAUUCGGUGAAUCCAACUGUUGUCAUGACAGACAUGGGCAGAUACGCCUGGAGCGACCCCAAGAAGGCUGACCCCAUGCUGGCAAGGAUACCACUUGGCAAAUUUGUAGAAAUUGAGGAUGUCGUCAAUGCAGUGCUGUUCCUGCUGAGCGACAAGGCGGCUAUGAUAAACGGCACUCUGCUCCCUAUAGACGGCGGCAUCCUGGCCAACUAACAUGCAGUGACCACAGUCAGACAUUGUAUACAUGUUUUCACUCAGCCAGUGAUUUGUUGAAGAAUCUGGCAGUGAUGGACAUCAGAAUAUGUAAUCUGGAGCAGGAAGAAUAAUGGUUUUGGUUUCAGAUAAAAAUUACCAUUUUGUAACAAGAUGACAUGUCAGCAUAUAUAUAAUAGAUGGAGCUGAAUAAUUGGAAUAGUUGAGGGUCCAGCUGCCUCAGUGGUGCCAACGCUGAAAGGCCAAUGUUUUGUGUCGUUUAAAAGUACCCAACAAAUGGCAUUGAAUAGCUUAAUAUUUACUGCACGUUUCCAAUGAUGAAUGCAGAAAUGAACUGUUGUCUAAAAAGAUACUUUGUAUGAUAUCUUCAACAACUGCUGUAUUUAAUUCAGAUGAGCAUUCUGUGAGAAGCAUUUAGAAUGAGUGAGUGAGUUUAGUUUUACGCCGCACUCAGCAAUAUUCCAGCUAUAUGGUGGUGGUGGUGAAGCAUUUAGAAUCCCCUAUACCUGGGAAUGUAAUAUGCAUUAAUAUUAUCCACUCAGAGGGUUUAGAGAAACAUUUCAUAAAGGUGUGGGUGAGUGCUCAUUAAAUGUCAAUGCAGGGUAAAGAAAAUCAAACUAUCAGGGAGAACCAUAUUGAAUGUUACUAUACCAUAUUCCAACCUCAGACUCUAAUGUCGUGAUACAUCAUUAUUGCUGAGUAAUGGUAGAAAACAAUUUAUUCAAUAUGUCAGAUAUUGUGGAUAAUUUUCUGUAACUCAAUACUUUUUACUAACUGCAAAUAUAUUAGAGGUGAGGCAUCUUUGGGAAGUCAAGUGUUUAUUGCCAUUCAUGCUUGACUCACUUUGGAAUUCUCAAUUAUAAAGCAAAA